AUGUCCAACGAGGUGGGCUCUCCAGCUGGCGUUCGGUACCCGCGCAACGGGCACGUUGGCCAGCCUCACGUUGUACCUGGUUACAUUCCACAGCGGCUUCGCCUGGACCGACUGGCGACGCGCGUGCGCUUCAGGAUGUUGCCGCACUUCGUGAGGUUGCCCCAACAGGUGCACAGGGUGCCCCCAUCCAGCCUGGCGGACAUGCGCACCGUGCUCACCGAGGUACAGCGCACCGUCUCGGUCACCGAGGCCAAGAGUGAGGCUAUGCAGGUGCAGUUUGACGCGCUCGAAGCCCAAACCAACGGCUGGGCGGACACCGUCAUGGCGCUUGCGGACUGCACCGACCUGAGCAUGGAGGUCAAUGAGCGGAUGGUGCCGCAAAGCGUGCGGUUCGACCAGAGGGCGGUCGUCCUGGAGCAGCAGCGUUCUUCUUCGACUGGCACUUCCACACCUACGCUGCCCGCUGGAUCUACAGCUCCAGGGCAGAGGCAGCCAGGGUCACGCGCGCUCGCGCGGAGGCCCCUGCCGCCAACUUGCCUGCCUUCCCACAUCAACAAGCCCGAGAAGCGCAGGGCCGACAGUCUGAACCGCUGCUACUCCACGACCUUCGCUUCCGCCGACGACGCCAAGCAGUUCGUCAGUUUUGCCGGUGGUCGCGGGCUCUCCUGGCGCGAGGCGUUGACCGAUUGCAGCGCCAAUCAGCGUGCCCAUCGAGUGCGCCAGGAUGGACCACAUGGGCUUCGUCGCAAAAGCCGCGCCCCUGGCCAGUGCUCGCAGGCCGCGCUGAACCACGUGAAUAUUCGCAAGGCUUGGGAGCCCGACGUCACGCAGCUAAAUGUUAUCGGGCACCGCGGAAGUCUGUUCACCGGCACCUGCGAUGAGGCCCACGCCCUCUUCAAGGUCGAUGUUGACCACCUUGGGCGGCCCAACCUCGCCCGCAACAGGGGCGGCCUCGAGGCCCUCAGCCUGAAGGUCAAGGACCCCUGCCCCGUCAUCGAG